AAGAUAGACACAGAAUACACAGCGUCUUGAGCCAGGGUUUAAAUUCAUCCCUCUCUGCCUGGCUUCUCACAAAGCUCUGCCUGUCAGCUUGCCUCUGUCUCCUCUAACAAUUCUAGUAUUCCCUUAAAAAAUAACAUCGUUCUGGAUUCUUUGGAAUUACUAAGGUGGCAAAAGAGAUCAUGGUGCAUACCAUAGGGAUCUGAUCUGAGCACUCUGAGGCAGAAGAAGCAGGGAACAGAGCAAGCGAUCGGAGGAGCAUCAUUUCUACGGAAUGAUUGAAGAUUGUGGGAAAAGAGGAAAUACCAUGGCAGAAAGAAGGCAGCUGUUUGCAGAAAUGCGGGCUCAAGAUCUGGAUCGCAUUCGUUUGUCCACCUACCGAACAGCAUGCAAGCUUAGAUUUGUUCAGAAGAAAUGCAACUUGCAUCUUGUGGACAUCUGGAAUGUGAUAGAAGCCUUGCGGGAAAACGCACUGAACAACCUGGACCCCAACAUCGAACUGAACGUGGCUCGCCUGGAAGCUGUGAUUUCAACUAUCUUCUACCAGCUUAACAAACGGAUGCCGACAACCCACCAGAUCAACGUGGAGCAGUCCAUCAGCUUGCUGCUCAACUUCUUGCUAGCGGCCUUUGAUCCGGAAGGACAUGGUAAAAUUUCUGUUUUUGCUGUCAAAAUGGCCUUGGCAACUCUUUGUGGAGGAAAAAUCAUGGACAAAUUAAGAUAUAUUUUCUCAAUGAUUUCUGACUCCAGUGGAGUGAUGGUUUAUGGCAGAUACGACAUGUUUCUGCGGGAGGUUCUCAAACUGCCCACAGCUGUCUUUGAAGGGCCUUCAUUUGGUUAUACUGAGCAAUCAGCAAAAUCCUGUUUCUCACAACAGAAAAAAGUCACAUUAAACACUUUCUUGGAUACUCUCAUGUCUGAUCCCCCACCACAGUGUCUAGUGUGGUUACCACUUCUGCAUCGACUGGCAAAUGUUGAAAAUGUCUUCCAUCCCGUCGAGUGUUCCUACUGCCACAGCGAGAGCAUGAUGGGGUUUCGCUACCGCUGCCAGCAGUGUCACAAUUACCAGCUCUGUCAGGACUGCUUCUGGAGGGGCCAUGCCAGCGGUUCCCACAGCAACCAGCACCAAAUGAAAGAGUACACGUCAUGGAAAUCACCUGCUAAGAAGCUAACUAAUGCACUUAGCAAGUCUUUAAGCUGUGCUUCCAGCCGUGAACCUUUGCACCCAAUGUUCCCUGACCAGCCUGAAAAACCUCUAAACCUGGCUCAUAUUGUGCCCCCCCGACCUGUAACCAGCAUGAACGACACACUCUUCUCCCACUCUGUUCCCUCAGGAAGUCCUUUUGCAAACAGAAGCUCUCCUUCCAAGAAUACUGAAGUAGAGCAGAGCAAACUGCUGGCUAGGGCUGCUCCAGCUUUCUUGAAAGGCAAAGGGUUACAGUACAGCCUCGAUGUUGCAGACAGGUUGGCCGAUGAACAUGUACUCAUCGGGUUGUAUGUCAACAUGCUGCAGAGCAACCCGGCACGUGUGCUCGACAGCGCAAGCCGCCUGGAUGAAGAACAUAAGCUGAUCGCCAGGUAUGCAGCAAGGCUGGCAGCAGAAACUUCUUCAUCACAGCAGGGUCAGCAGAGAGGGGCGUCAGAUAUCUCCUUCACCAUUGAUGCAAACAAGCAACAAAGGCAGCUGAUAGCAGAGCUUGAAAAUAAAAACCGAGAAAUCCUACAGGAGAUCCAGAGGCUGCGACUUGAACAUGAGCAAGCGUCUCAGCCCACACCAGAGAAGGCACAGCAAAAUCCCACUCUCCUUGCAGAGCUCCGGCUCCUGAGACAGCGGAAGGAUGAGCUGGAGCAGAGGAUGUCUGCUCUCCAGGAAAGCCGGAGGGAGCUAAUGGUUCAGUUGGAAGGCCUCAUGAAACUGCUGAAGACCCAAGGGGCAGGCUCCCCGCGCUCCUCGCCCAGCCACACAAUCAGUCGACCAAUUCCAAUGCCCAUCAGGUCUGCCUCUGCCUGCUCCACCCCAACCCAUGCACCUCAGGACUCUCUGACUGGAGUGGGAGGAGAUGUGCAGGAAGCCUUUGCACAAAGUGCAAGAAGAAACUUAAGAAAUGAUUUGCUGGUGGCAGCAGAUUCAAUCACCAACACCAUGUCUUCUUUGGUAAAAGAACUAAAUUCUGAAGUGGGCAGCGAGACAGAAAGCAAUGUGGAUUCCGAAUUUGGACGGACUCAUUUUGAUGACCUUGUUCCAUCCCCAACGUCUGAGAAGGCUUUCCUUGCACAGAUCCAUGCCCGGAAGCCAGGGUACAUCCACAGUGCUGCUGCCACCGGCUCCCUCCGCAGUGACAUGGUUACAGAAGAUGGAGACCCCUAUGUCAGAGCAGAUGAUGAAAAUUAUGAGAAUGACUCUGUCCGUCAGCUGGAGAAUGAACUGAAAAUGGAGGAGUACCUGAAGCAGAAGCUGCAGGAUGAGGCAUACCAGGCAAGCUGCAGUCAGACAGACAAUGAAAGCUAUGUAAGAACUGAUGAUGAGGAGAGCUGCUUUCGGACAGACGAUGAAGAAAACUCAGCUGCAAACUUCACAGAAGAGUGGAACCAAGAGGUGCAGCGUCUCUUGACAAAAAAAUCACAUAACUAAGUUCUGAGGACUGUAGCACAGUACUUUUGUUCUAAGAGUUGUAGUUUGUAGAUGUGUGUUUUUGACAACAAGACUUUUGUUUAAAGCUAACUUACAUUAGCUGCAUCUUCUGUAACAUGGCUCAUUACCAGUGAAGAAAACAGACUGACGUAAGUACUGCUGUUACAAAGAAUAGCGGUAUUAAUAACUCACGUAAACCCUUUGCACAUGAUAUUGAACCUGUUCAGUUUACAAUGACAAUACUGUUUAUAGAUAGAAACUUGAUUUCUGAAUACUUUGAGAUUUUAGUAGCUCAGUUUACUAUACACUGUACAUUUUUUCCACAGAAGAAAUAAAAAGCUACAAUUAUGCAUUUAACAGUGAAUGAUUAUACUCCUGAGUGUAUAUAUGUAGUAGCCCAGAAAAACGAAGUACCAGACUAUAUUUGCAAUUUGUUUGCAAGUCUUUAAAUUAAGACUUACAAAAAAUGUACUAAAAUAAUAAUUAUAAUAAUAUAAUUAAUAAGAAUAAAAAACGUCUCUAAUUUAGGGCUAAUGUGUAACUUAGGAAUGUUUCUUUCAAAAUAAUCUAACAAAUCAGCCAUAGAAGUUAGUGUAAAUAUUUUUUUUCCAAAUAGAUACCAUAUACAAAAGGUGACAUUCAAAUGAUAUAGAAUCUAGUUUUUAAAUCAGCACAGAUCUUCUUAAAACUGUGAACUAUGUUUUGAAAUACUCGUUGCUAAAGCUGUUUAUAAACCACAGGUGCCAUAAGAUCCCUGAACUGACUGAUGUUACGUAUAAUCCUCCAUGGUAUUGUUUCAUUGAUGUUUUAGCUUUAGUAAGCAUGUGUUCAACAAAACGGCUCUUUCCAUCUCUCCGCCCCUCCUCUCCCCACCCCAAAUGUUAUUUUCGAGGCCUUCAGCUUUAAAUGUACAGGCUUAAAGUGCGCUUGCAACUGUUCUUUUUAUUUCCGAAUGUGUAUUGCCUUAGCCAGCCACCAGGUGUUCUGCAUGCACUCUUGGAAAUGUGUACUGAGACUCUUUCAGAGCUGGAUGGAGAAAUAGCUAUCAGUGAAAAGCACAAGAGAAGUGGUGGAAUUUGUCGGAAGGACAGGCAUACAGUUACAGAACUGGAGUUUUGUCCAGUUUAGUACUUUUCUGAUACAAAGGCAUGUCAGGGGAAAAGAGACUUACCUGGCCAUUUUGGAUAAGGCAGUGAUACUGCUAGCCCAAAAGCAUUUGCGCUGCCGUGACUACAAACCUACAGAUACCGACAGAGCAGGGACUGACACAAACUAGCUAUAAUGUCCUCCCCACAGCAUACUGCUUGGAAAUAAAGAUUAUGUAUAUACGGCACAUAGCGCUGCCAUGCAGAAAAUCAGAGCCAGGCCAGGAACAGCUAGACCAGAAGCCGGUCAGUAACACAGUGCAAUGUUACGUGCUCAGCCCUCCUGAGGAGCACAGUGUGUUAGGUUGGGAUGACCUCUGUGCUCAUGUAAUUUUACUGCCCUGACACACAGUAUUAGGCUUCCAGUAUCUGGCUGACCUGAAGUGACACUAACAGCCCUGAAAACAGUAGUGUUUCAUACAGAUAUUUCACACCAGCACAGUUUGCCUACAGCGAGUGAUGAGGUACCCAUCUAAAGCAGGUUAUCAUGGUUUGUCUGUCCUUGCUUUCAUGGUGACGUGGAUGUGUGCUGCCGUGUUUAUGUGAGAUUGCAGUGUAGCUCGACCCAGUAAGUCCACUUGUUUGCAUGCAUGCUCUAGGCUAGUGGCUGUUUCCCUGGGCACUAUGUGUUAGGGAAUGAGUAUCUGUAUGAAAGAGCUGCUGCCAUUUUUCACUUUCAUAUUGUGUUAUUGCUUAUGCAGAUCUCUUGUCCGCCUCUCCUUGCAUAUCUGGGUUUGGUCUGAGGCAUCUAAAUGUGUACUAAGGCAUCCAGAUACCUUUAUGUAAGCUUUUCAUUUCUGCAAUCACUGGUCUUUGCUCCUGGGGUAUGUGCCAUCCUGGCAAGGCAGGCAGGCACCAUAUCCUCUGAUGCCCCCUCCUCCAGCCUCCUCUCAGGAAUGGGUUAGCCUCCACUAGUGCCUAGCACUCCAUGUUUAAAGCUACUCCAGCGAAUCAGCAGACAUUGCUCUCAGCUCAGGAUUCCACACGAGCAUUUCCUGAACAGAAAUAAAUCAAGCUAGAAUACAGCUACAAGCAAUGGCUGACUAAUUCAACCCAUGUCAUGUCUAACUGUACCCAGAGUAAUAGAUCCCUCCUGUACUGUCAUCUUAGUGUCUGUGUGCUCAUUAUCGCUAUGCUUAAAAUAGAUGCAAUAGAAUAAAUCCAUUGCAAGGGCUUCCAGACUAGGAGUAAGGAAAAAGUUGACAAAUCAAGAGCCUUUCUUUCAGGCUGGUGCCAACAAAGUGAUCCCCAGCAGAGCCCUGGCUCCCUUACACCCUAGAGCCCUGAGAUUAAGCACCUCUUACUUGGCUCUCCAGAUAUCUAUUUUAAGCAUUUCCCAACUGUUGAGCUGGCUGUGUUUUCACCCAGCUGGUCUUUGUCUGUUUGUUGAAUAUUGUUUUGGUUGUGGUUUGCGGUCAUUAAAACAGAGUUACAGAAGAGGUCCCUGGCACGGGCCUUCUCUUAACUACCAGUGGCCCACCACAGCAGUCAAAACUCCAGGUGGUUUUACUGUCACUGGAGGAAAACCAGUGUUUGCAAUCAGGAGACAGGGAUGUGAAGAUUUAUAAGGUCCUUGAAUGUCCAAAGCGAAGGUGGAGAAUGGGUUGUCUGUAAGUAGUAAUGUUAUCUAAACUGCAUAAAAAAGGUGUGUGGCCUUUGUUGUGAUAUAAUAUGUAUUUUCUUAUAUGCAUGAGCCAGAUUGUUGCGUCAUAAUUUAUCAUAAGUGUGUCCGCCUUUACUUUCAGUCAUCUUCUCCCAUCCUUAUUGGUUCUUGGCAAUUACUGUAGAUAGACCUUGUAAAUAUUGCAACCUUGGGUUGCUGCAAUCACGUUGGUUCAAUUCAGCAGAUGGAGCUGUGAACAACAAGCACUCCACUGUGUCCUGAAGACAAAAGGGCAUUUUUACAUUUGAACCAAAAAAAAAAGAAUCUAAGUAUGAAGAGUUACAUCUUGAGGCUACUAACUGUAAGACAUUUUUGAAACUACUGUACUUGACACCAGUUGAGACAGAUACAGACACUAAAGAUGUCAUGAUAUUCAUUGGUAUUGUAACAGAACUGCUAUUGUAUGGGGUUUUUGUAUUGCUGUUAAGUAUUGUUGUGUGUGUGUGUUGGAACCUACUGGGGACGUUAUAUUUUGAAGUGAUUAAACUAUUUAAUUGUGUGUCUAUAUUUUGGAAUGGAAUUAUUUCUUCAUUAAAAAGAUUUUUAAAAGUAA